AUGUGUCGAAUUUCGUUGGCGUUGUUGGCGCCUAGUAGUAGUAGUACUGUUCUCUGCCAACCGUCGUCAUCGCGUGAAACUCCCGAGACAGACAAGAGCUUUUUCGAGACGGACGACGCCUCUUCUUCCACGACGGAAAGAAGACAGGACGCCGAAGGUACUUCUCCGUUGAUUCAAGCCACUCCGAAGGUAAAGCGCUUCAAGAUAUCGCCGCCUCGCGUCUGCCCAAACGCGCCGACGAAGCCCAAACCAGACCUGCGGAGAAAAAUGUCGCCACAGGCGGCGAAACGAUUGUUUCGUUCCCUAAAAUUUGAAGACGUGGAGGUCAACCAUUCGCCAUCACCAUAG